GCACAGGUUUUGUUGGUGGGCCAUAGGGGGUGGUAGAGUAGAGUGAGGACAACGCGGGUCCUUUUUGUUUGGUCACAACUUUGUCUCCAAUUGGAUAGGUAGCCCUAACAUCAGCAUCAACGAAGAGCCUCACAAAGCUUCUUCGUUGUGCCGUAGGUUCCCAUGAGAAAGGGUUUUCAAGGCGCUCAUGGGGACCUACGGCUGCGCAGUUCUGUGAAGAAAAAGAAGAAGAAAUGGGAUGAUAAAGUUAAAGUUAAAGUUAUAACCCACCAAGUCGAAUAUUCAUCCAGGGGACGAUAAUGCCGAUGGGAGCUACUUGAGGCCGAGCAUUGAGGAUAUGACACGUGGAAAUCUGAGUAGACCUUGGAACCCUACCCCACCUGGGGUCGGUAUUGGCUGCAGACUGCCGAGCUGGACAUAUAAACCGCCAGCUGAGUUGAGAGCAACUGUGCCACUCUCUCGCCUCCGUUUCAAAGCAUGACGCGCGAGGGAGCUUCCGAGCGCGGGAUUGAUGUGGACUGAUUGAUUGAUUGUUUGUGGAUGCGCGGUUGUACUGAAGUUCUAAAUUCGAAUGGUUUUGCAUUCUACCGCCAGAAUUUCAAUUUUGAGUUUCGUGGUGCUGUAUUUUGGUUAUUCUUAUGUGCCUUUAUUGGUUGGAUUCGUUGAGGUUCAGUGUUGCGAAUUUCCAGAGUGCACUAGUAAUAGAUGAUUGAGUUUCAUGAAAUGUUUACGGUGAGACAGUUGAGUGUUUGAGGCUGUUGUUCUCUCUAGUAAUGGAUCCUUUGGUAGAGGAUUAUGGUGUAAAUGGAGAAUUUGUUUCGUUUCUUAGCAUGUUUUGUACAUGGGGUGGGUGUGGGAGUGCACAUGGGAAUGUCUGUGCUUAAAUUGGAAGAAUUGGUUGAAUGUUGUGCAGUAAAUUGGCGGAAUGUAGGUGAAGAGCAAGCUUCAUGAUUGUGGUUCAUGCUGAGAUAAUUAGAAUGGUUCUGCGUGCCAAGUUACGGUCGCCUCGUCCUCUCACAACACCGCUAGGUUGAACACCUCUGUUCCGUGUCAAUUCCCCUGCAUCGACAACGUCACCUAGGCAGUUUCGCAAUAACUCUCCGUUGUGGAAAUGCGAUCAAAUUCUGGGUUCCUUGCCGAGGGACUCGUUGGGUAGCAGUGAUGGCGGUGAUGCUUCUUCAAGGAAAGUGAACAGAAACGUUAGUGGAAGAUGGGGCCCUUGUGUCAUCUCUCAAAUCGACUGCCAGACGUGGCCAGCUUGUAACGGCAGAAUUCAAUGUCACUACUCUAGUUCACGGUUUCCAUGGUUUGGAUGGAGCCCAAGCAAGCGCCGGGGUUUCGCUUCCAGUAGCAGGAAUGGUUCUGCGUCUGCUUCUUCAGGAAUAGGCCCACCGGCUGCUACUGCGAGUGGCGCGGAAGGCUCUGCAUGUGGAGAGCCUUCGGGUGCCAUUGUGAAAAUUUCUGAGUAUGCACGGAAAGCUGUGGACUCAUGUGAUGAGAUGUACACAGGAGCAUGGGAGGCGUCCAGACAAGCUGCAACCUAGAUGUUUUCUUCUGUGACCAACUAGAUGGAUCCAUGAGGUGGUGGUGUUGCCGAAUUGGUGUUACCUGCCAGCACUGCCGUCGGCGUGUCCUUAGUUGCAUGGCUAUUACUUCCGGCUGUCCUUCGGAAAUUACAUUCCACUGUCAAGGCAAGUCCUGCUGCGCGUCUACUUGGGCGGCUGCCUCAGGAGAAACAUCCAUAUGAGCUUAGUGCGUUCAGCGCUUUGGAGGGACCUGCGCGCUUGCUUGCCUCCGCAGUCACAUUUAGUUACCUGACAAUCACAGGCCAAGAGAAGGACAGCUAUCUGGCCAUGGAUAGGUUAUCAACUAUAGCUUGGUUCCUUUUGGGAGGCAUGGCGUUUUCUGAAGCCUGCGGAGUAGCUGUGCAAUCUAUCCUAACAGUUGGAGGAAUUGAAGAUACUUGACUGGUUCGUAAACCUUUUGGUGUUUAAUACAAUUGCAAAUGAUCCAAGUCACCAGGAUUCACUUCUUUAAGAAGUGUUCGGUCAUCCCCGAGCAUGGAGUUGCUACUGCUUUCGCAGCUAGAGAUAUACUGGGAACCAUUCUCAGUGGCGAGGCAUUACAGUUCUCUAGACCCUUCAUAGUUGGUGACAUCAUAUCUGCCGGAUCCGUGACAGGACAAGUGGUUGAUAUGGAUCUGCACACGGCGCAGUUACUCAUCUCUGACAAGCUUCCGAUUGUAGUGCCAAAUUCAUUUUUUUCCAAUCAGAUGGUUGUUUCCCCAGCGGUCAUAAUAAAUAAAUCUCGUGCACGUUAUCGAGGUUUAUCAUUCAACUUACAAGUGAACAUCCAAGACCAUGAGAUGAUACCCAUCAUCACAAGCGAGAUUAGCAAGUUGAUAAUGUCCCAUCCGAAAGUGUACUUGGAGAAUGAAAAACUGCAAUGCCAUGUAUCUCAAGUGGGACCUACAUCUUUGAAUAUUGUUGUUACGUGUAAUCUCAACCCAAUGGCAACGGACGAUUAUCUGGCUGCUCAGGAAGAUCUGUUGAUUGAGGCAGCUCGAAUUUUCGCCAAGACAGGUGUGAAGUUUGGCAAUCUUGUCUGAACUUUGUAAGCUUGAAAACUACCUGGCACAUUCAGUGGGAUUGUUCCACCCAAGCGAAAACUUACAGAUUUGCGUUAUUCAGCACAACCAGUCUGCUUUUUAAUUGACUAGUAUUUAAUUGCGAUCGGACGAAAAUUAAAAUUAGUGCAUAAACUCCUAUACAAUGCUAAUGCAGUAUGGAAGAAGGGAUUCCAUAUUUGCUAUGGUUUCUUUUAAUAGAUGUGAUAUCAGAAAUUUGUACUAA